AUGGUGUCCUGCUUUGACGAUGUCUGUCACAUGACGGACGAAAGCUCAGCAACGAGUCAUCGGGAUCGCAGGGCGAGGCGCCGAAGACCUAUUCGCACAAAUCUACAGCCACAACUCCAAGGCAACUCCGCCACUGCCUCCGGUGGAAGCAGCUUUCGAAUCCUUUACACUCGCCUCUUCAAACGAAAUGAAAGGUACUCCAACAUUGGGUGGGAUUGUCAACUUGAAAGGCAAGAGUCCUCUAUACGCGAUUCAGCGUUUCGGGAUCAAGCCAGACACAGGACGCCGGAGAACAGGACAGAAAAGGGUGGGAGUGAGAAAUAG